ACAGAAGUCCCAACCACAACAACAGAGGUCCCAACAAUGACAACAGCUGCCUCAACCACAACAGAGGCCCCAACCACAACAACAGAGGUCCCAACAACAACCACAGAGCCCCCAGUGACAACAAGUGAGACUCCAACCACGACAACAGAAGUCCCAACAAUGACAACAGGGGCCCCAACCACGUCCACAGAAGCCUCAACUACAACAAGUGAUGCUCCAAUCACGACAACAGAGGUGCCAACCACAACGACAGAGGUCGCAACCACGACAACAGAGGCCCCAAGCACAACAACAGAUGCCUCAACCACAACAACAGAGGCUUCAAGUACAACAACAGCUGCCCCAACCACAACAACUGAGGCUGCAACAGCAACCACAGAGUCUGCAACGACUACGAGUGAGGCCCCAACAACGACAACAGAAGUCCCAACCACAACAGAGGUCCCAACCACGACAACAGAGGCCCCAACCACAACAACAGAGGCCCAAACCACAACAACAGAGGCUUCAAGCCACAACCACGACAACAGAGGUCCCAACCACAACAGAGGUCCCAGCAACGACAACAGAAGCCCCAACCAUGACAACAGUCUCCGCAACCACAACAACAGAGGCACAAACCACAACAGCUGA